AUGUCGCGGCCAGUGAACUCCCAUCCGCCACCCGUUGCCAGUCGCCGCACCCGCCCGACGCGUUCCAUCUCAGGGUCUGCUCCUCGCAUACCUGCCCGUCGCCCUUCUGUGUCGGGCCUGACGCUCACGGGCACGAUCAACCCCGUCUCUGGCGCACCCAAGGCGCAACGCUCCUCUAAGACCACUCAGAAGCUCGUUCUCCUCCCCACCGCCCCGCAAACAAGGCCGCUUCCCCCGCAGGACGAGGAUGAGGAAGCACUCCACGGCUACGAGACCGACCGCGGCGUGCGCGAGCAGAAGAGUGUCGGUGAGCGCAUGAGCAAGGAGCAGCGCGAGAAGGCCGGCUUCAAGCGCAUCAGUGCAUACUGCGUCGCCGAUGGCCUCAAGAUGAAGCUCCUUGCCAGCUUUCUCAAGCGCGAACACAACGUUCAGCCGCGUGUCUUUGACGAGGCAAUGUAUGUGGUCUAUCAUCUCCCGCUGUUGCCCGGAUACGGCCCUCACUCAAACAUCCGCUCGUCUGUUCCCCCCUCGUCAUCAGAGACCGAAGACCCAUCGUAUGGACUCUCAGAAGCAGAGGAGGACGGUUAUCAAGGUACAUACUUCGACUCUGCUACGUCAGAUCAUGGCCCUGUGCAGCCCGCCGAUGCCUAUAUCUUGUCGUCAUCCCCCGGCGCUGCGGGCAUGCUUACAAGCUCGCCAAUGUAUGAGGCUUCGGAGUCAACAUUGCUGGCGCCGUCAAAACCACAGGGAUUAAAGCGCAGAAGAAAGACAAAGAAUACGGGUGACAGAGCGCAGAGCACCCUGAACUUGAACGACUUUGCGGAAGUCAUUUUCUUCGCAUAUGGUGUCGUCGUAUUCUGUGGCCUCACUGAGGAGCAGGAGCGGGGCAUCCUAGAAGAUAUCGACGGCGCGGGUGUACUCCGUCGUAAAUUCGUUCAAGAUGACUGGGAGAUUGAGGAAUGUCACUAUGCUCAUGAUCCCGCCAUCGCAUAUCCACGCAUCUACAACGAUUUCUUCACGUUCAAGGUCCACUCCCACCUCCUCAAACUUUCCGUGGCACACGCACUCGCCCAGUCCACUCUACUCGCACACUACGAGACACACGCGAGCCAAAUUAUCUCCUCCAAGGAUACGAUGUCCAUCCCACAACAGCUCGCGUCCACCGGCGCGCUCGCGCUCUCGCGCAAGGAGGCGUUGCGGCUCACGGGACGCCUGUUCACACUCCGCCGCGACGUGAACUUGGUGAGUAACGUCCUGGACGUACCGGAGCUGUUCUGGAGCGAAGCAAGCCUGAAGGCGCUGUAUGACGCGGUGCGAGAGUAUAUGGAGAUCGGGCCCAGGGUGCAGGUGCUGAACGAGAAGCUGGCGGUCGCAGAGGAUCUGCUCGGUGCGAUCCACGACCACCUCAAUAACAAUGCGAUGGAACGCAUUACGUGGAUCAUAAUCUGGCUCAUCGUUGUGGCAUGCGUUGUCGAAAUUGGAGAAGUCAUCGCACGGUUAGUCGUCCACGCAACGUUAGAGAAUAAAGCGGUAGAGGCAGUUGUACCUGUCUGUGCGGACGCGGCCAUGGCAUUGCGCGCGCUACCGCGAGAAGAUGCCCUAAAGAUUCUAGAUCGGAUAGCCUUAGGUGCGAUAUGA